UUGGAUUCGACCCGUUUUCAGUAACGGAAAGUCCUGCCAGUGGUCCUACUCUCUCGCCUGAAACCUAAAACGGAGAUUGGAAGAAGUGAAAGAGAAGGUUAACGAUGGUGAAGGUAGCAACCUACUUUGCUAUGACUUUGGGAGCUUUUGUGUUCUGGCAAUCCAUGGAUAAAGUCCACGUCUGGAUCGCUCUCCAUCAGGACGAAAAGCAAGAAAGACUGGAAAGGGAAUUGGAAAUUAAGAGGGUUAGAGAAGAGCUGCUGCAGCAAGCCAAACAAAGGGAGACUCAAGCAUGAUCUACUCGAUUGAUUUUCUUGUACCCUGGUUUCCCUUUGUUUCCUCUACUUCUGAUUUUGUUUGAGCGUAGCUCUUUUGAACAGUCUCAUGGUUCUGGAAUAAUUUAACUUGGCGUUCAUGGGAUAGCUAAGUUUUGUCGUAUGAAUGACUUUGUGUAAGAUUUCGAAAAUGAUAUCAUAUUUUUCAAUGUUAUAGUGACGCUUUGAAAUGUUAAUUACCGUAUGUUCAGGCACAA